CUUCGACUACCCUCUCAUCCAACGAUGGCUAAGAAGUCCCCUGCUAUCGGUAUCGACCUUGGUACUACCUACUCCUGUGUUGGCGUCUGGAAGAACGAUACGGUAGAGAUUAUCGCCAAUGACCAGGGCAACCGUACCACCCCCUCUUACGUGGCCUUCACCGACACUGAAAGGUUGAUCGGUGAUGCCGCUAAGAAUCAGGUUGCAAGGAACCCUGAGAACACCGUCUUCGAUGCCAAGCGUCUCAUUGGACGCAAGUACGACGAUCAGGUUGUCCAGCACGAUAUCAAACUGUGGCCCUUCAAGGUUUCUGCUGGGGCGGAUGGAAAGCCUAUGAUCGAGGUGCAUUACCAGGGCGAGGUCAAGAAGUUCCAUGCCGAGGAGAUUUCUUCUAUGGUACUGGUAAAGAUGAAAGAGACUGCUGAGGCGUAUUUGGGCACUAAGGUUGACGAUGCCGUCGUCACUGUCCCUGCAUAUUUCAACGAUUCCCAGAGACAGGCCACUAAGGAUGCUGGUUCCAUUGCUGGUCUCAACGUCCUGCGUAUCAUCAACGAGCCUACUGCCGCUGCUAUUGCUUAUGGUCUCGAUAAGAAGGGUGAGGGUGAGAAGAACGUCCUCAUCUACGAUCUUGGUGGCGGAACCUUCGAUGUCUCCCUCUUGACUAUCGAGGAUGGUAUCUUCGAGGUUAAGGCCACUGCUGGUGAUACCCAUCUUGGUGGUGAGGAUUUCGAUAACCGUAUCCUCGACUUCUGCAUGCAGGACUUCAAGCGUAAGAACCGUGGCAAGACCAUUGAGGGCAACCAGAGGGCCAUGCGUCGUCUUCGUACCCAAUGCGAGCGCGCUAAGAGAACUCUCUCUUCCUCUACUCAGGCUAGCAUUGAGAUUGAUUCUCUCUUCGAGGGUAUUGAUUACAACUGCACGCUCUCUCGUGCUCGUUUCGAGGAGCUCUGUAUGGACUACUUCCGGAACUCCAUGGGCCCUGUCGAGAAGUGUUUGCGUGACUCUGGCAUCGACAAACGUAAUGUCCACGAAGUUGUCCUCGUUGGAGGUUCGACCCGUAUUCCCAAGGUCCAAGCUAUGAUCCAAGAGUUUUUCAAUGGAAAGGAGCCUUGCAAGUCCAUCAACCCUGACGAGGCAGUUGCAUUUGGUGCUGCUGUUCAGGCUGCUAUCCUCACUGGUGAAGGUUCCAGCCAGGUUCAGGACCUUCUGCUUUUGGAUGUGACUCCUCUUUCCCUUGGUCUCGAGACUGCUGGUGGUGUUAUGACCAAGCUCAUUGAGCGUAACACUACUAUUCCCACCAAGAAGAAUCAGACUUUCACCACCUACGCCGAUAACCAGCCCGGUGUGUUGAUCCAGGUGUUCGAGGGUGAGCGCGCUAUGACGAAGGAUAACAACCUGCUUGGCAAGUUCCAGCUCGAGGGUAUUCCUCCGGCCCCCCGUGGUGUCCCCCAGAUUGAGGUUACUUUCGAUAUCGAUGCCAAUGGUAUCCUUAACGUGAGUGCUCAGGACAAGUCCACCGGCAAGAGUAACAAGAUUACCAUCACCAACGAGAAGGGCCGUCUUUCUCAAGCUGAUAUUGACCGUAUGGUUAACGAGGCCGAGAAGUACAAGGCUGAGGAUGAGGCCAAUAAAGAAAGGAUUGAUGCCAAGAACGGCGUCGAGAACUACUGUUACACACUGAAGAAUACUCUCCAAGAUGAGAAACUGAAGGAUAAGAUAUCUGACAAGGACAAGUCUGCUAUUGAGAAGGCGGUCUCCGAGGCUCUGGAUUGGUUGGACAAGAACCAGUUGGCCGAGAAAGAGGAAUUUGAGGCUAAGCAGAAGGAGGUCGAGGGUAUUGUCAAUCCUAUUAUGAUGAAGGUCUAUCAGGCCGCUGGUGGUGAUGCUGGCGGCAUGCCUGGGGAUGGAUCUCCACCUCCAGCUGCCGGUGGUUCUGGACCGACAGUGGAAGAGGUUGAUUAGCUGUAUUUGGGUAGAUUCUAAGUGUGUAUUUCAUUUUUUAAGAGUGUUGCAAUUCUUUGAGGCACAUACUAUA